UCGAUUUUUACUAUAUAUUCCUAAGUCUCUCUCUCUUUCUCUCUCUUUCUCUCUCUCGCUCGCUCUCUGCUCGGCCCACCCAACUCCCCAAACCCUAACAGCAGCGAUGCACCCAACAGCCGCCACCGUCACCGGCGGUAACGAUCCACUCCGAAGAGGUCCGGCGAAGAAGCGUGGUAAUUACAACUGCGGGCGAUGCGGCCUGCCGAAGAAGGGACAUGUCUGCUCCUCUUCUCUUGCCGCAGCGCUUCCCCCGCGCUCCGAUCACCGCCUACGCCGCGCGCUCUCCUUUGAUGAUGAGGAGGCCGAGGUGACCACGCCGCUGCCAGAGGCGGCGGGGAUGGAGUUGACGGAAGAGGAUGAGGAGGAGAUGGUGGAGGUUGGUGGGGGGUUGGCUCUGCCGGAGUCGUGCCUGGCGAAGGUGCUUCGACGGUUGUCUCUGAAGGAGUUGAUGGGGUCAGCGCUGGUGUGCAGGGGGUGGAGGGAGUGCGUGAGGAGGGUGUGGAUCUCCGCAGAUGAGAUUAGGGUUAGGGUUUCGCAGAUCGGGUUUGUGGGAUCGGUGCUUCACAAGUGUGCUAACCUCGCUCGGCUCUCGUUAAUUAUGGAAAGUGAUGCUGAUUCAACAGUAUUAGCUUGUGUUGCAUUCGCAUGUCCCAACUUGGAAUGCCUUGAGAUCAGUCUUACAAAAAAUGCAGUCAAUCGAAUAACUGGGGAUGAGCUAAGUCAUUUUGUUGCCGAAAAGCGGAGUCUUUCAGUUCUUAAAGUUUCAGGAUGUUCCAAUCUAGGCUUUUUGAACAUCAAUUCUACCAGUUUGUCAACGCUAUGGCUUUCGGACCUUUAUUGCAUAUCUAGAAUGGUUUUACACUGCCCAAAUCUUAAAGAGCUUUCUUUAAGUUUUAUUCAGAAAACAAAUGAUUCAACCGAUCUGGUUAACAUGAUGGAUUCUCUUGGUCGUGGGUGUCCAAAUUUAAGAAACAUUCAUAUUGCAUCAGCACUACUUUGUAAUGAUGCUGUACGUGCUUUGUCAGAUGCAAAUAUUAGGGGUUUGCGCAUGCUGUCUCUGAUUCUUGGUUCUCGAAUCACAGAUGCAUCAGUGGCCUCAAUUAUUGCAUGUUACACAAAUCUUGAAUUGCUUGAUUUGAGUGGGUCAAGUAUUACUGAUAAUGGUGUUGGAAUGAUAUGCAAUGCAUUGCCUAGAACGUUGUCCACGCUCCGCCUUGCUCUUUGUCCAAACAUAACUUCUAGUGGAAUUCAAUUUGCCACAGCCCAAUUGCCACUUCUUACAUUAAUGGACUGUGGAAUGAGUAUCUGUGAUUAUAGUUGCGAUGAUCAACAUCCUCAAGAUAGCAUGAUUGACAUUGAUGAAGAGGCUUCAGAAAGUAGAAAAUACCAACGUUUUCUUGCUAAAAAGCCUAAUUCUAUGCAUCAGAAACUGUUAAUCAAACAUGAGUGUUUAAAGAAACUUAGCUUAUGGGGCUGCUCAGGGUUAGAUGCUCUAUAUCUCAACUGCCCAAAACUUGUUGAACUUAAUCUUAAUUCUUGUACAAAUUUACAUCCUGAGAGACUGUUGCUUCAGUGCCCAAACUUAGGAAAUGUUCAUGCCUCUGGAUGUCAAGACAUGCUAAUUGGAGCAAUCCGGAAUCAGGUUCUCAAUGAGUUUACUGCGGUAGAGAAUCAGUUUUCACUAAAGCGUUUGGCUGACGGUUCUAAGAGAGUUCAACUUCCCCGCUUCCCUCCACAAGUGUUAUAUGAAGAUGAGAAAAGGAAAAGGAUCCGACCAACACAGUGUACUCUCCAUCUAAAGUAAAAUUUUGUCUAUCUAACUUUUCAAUUCUCUAUUAUUAAAUAGCAAAAAUGGUGGACUAUCAACUUUGAUUUGUUUGUAGCUGAAUAAAUUUUAGCCCACCUUAUCUUUGCUCUCGUUCCAGAAUAAAAAUUUGAUAUCAAGAACUCAUUUGAAUGUAAAAUGCGUGCUGAUGCAUUAUAUUACAAUCUUUAUUGAAUCUAUUGAGAUAUCUAUAUGGAAAUUUGUUCAAA